AUGGCGCCCGGCCCGGUACGCCACAUGACCCGCUGGGCCUCGAAGUCGAAGGACGCCACGGACGACGCACGGCGCCCACCGCACCGUUGGCGCCCGCGCCGCAGAGGCUCGCCGACGGCGCUGGACCUGGCCAGCAAUGUGACGGUGACACGCUCGCUACGGCGGGUCAGGAGCUUGAGGCCCUGGCGGACAGGAUGUCUUUGGUUGCAUCCCUGGUCAGUCCACGAGUUUCUGGAGACCAGCUUUCGCCAGCGGGAGCCCCUUUGCUUACAGCGAGGUCCUCGACACCCUUUGCCCUUAAGUUCUUCCACCGCUGCCGACCUGCUCCACAGCUAUCGCAUGGGCAUUAAUGCUCACGUGGUGGAAAGUCGCGGGCAGCCCAAACGGGGCCAAGCAGUGCCGCACCUGGGCCUCAAGCCGUUGCAGGUCUUGGCCAUGGGCCACGCCGUGCGCCUGGAGCGCUUGGAGCUGCGGCGCGCUUCGUCGCUCCGGCGCUCGUCGCUCUGGCGGAGCCUCGAGGCCGUGGCGCCAGGCCCGGAACGCUCGCCCAGUUUGUCACUCACCUGGGCGCCACCGAUGGUCUCCUCGUGUCCGGGCGGGAGGGGAGUGAGCACGAACUCGACCUCGCACCAGUUGCAUUUGCAGCUCUUUGGGGCCCGUCGCUGGACCCUUUGUGCCACCUCGCCGACGCCUGCGCGUGAGACAUGGGAGUGCCAGCAUGUGACGUUGCGCAGGGGAGAUUUGCUCUAUGUGCCGCCAGGGCUCCGCCACUACGCUUCAGCGGGCGCGGCCCUCUCGGCACAUUUGACGCUACAGCUGCAGCCGCUCACGCUGCAUGAGCUUCUCAGCGCGGCGGGCGGCGGAGGCGGAGGCAUCCGCCCCUCCUCUCUCCUCGCGGAGCCCUUGCCCUUGUGGCGGAACGCCAACGCCACGUUCCCCAACCCCAAGGUCACUGCUGGCUGA